UUUGCAGUAAAAAGAAACAACAACUUUAUGUGCCUCAAGACCGAACAUCUCAAGUUCUUGGAUGUGACCAACUUCCUCGCGCCAGGGUUCAGUUACGAGAAGUUUCUCAAAGCCUAUGAAUGCCCUCAAACUAAAGGGUUCUUUCCCUAUGAGUGGAUGGAUUCCCUGGACAAGCUCGACUACCCUGCUCUUCCUCCCCAUGAAGCCUUUUACUCCUCCCUCACCAACACUAACAUCUCGCUAGAAGAUUACCAGUAUUGCCAUCACGUCUGGCAAGAAAAUAACAUGCAGUGUUUCGAAGAUUUCCUGGUUUGGUAUAAUAACCUGGAUGUCCAGCCCUUCUGUGAAGCUUUGGAGAAGAUGUGUGCGUUCUGGAAAGAUAAGAACACAGACAUGUUAAGACAAGGUAUCUCCAUCCCUGGUGUGACGCUGACGUAUCUCUUCAUGACAUUGGAACCAGACAUCUUCUUCUCUCUGUUUGAUGAGAAAAACAAAGAUCUGUACUAUUUGUUCAAAAAGAACAUGGUGGGUGGACCAAGCAUCAUCUUCCACCGCUACCACGAGAAGGAUAAGACCAAGAUUCGAGAGGUGGAGGUGAAAACCAAGGGAGUCAAAGCCAAAACGUGCCAGAAGAUCGUGGGAUAUGAUGCAGACGCGCUCUAUCUCUCUGCGAUCAUGAAAGAUAUGCCAACAGGGGCAUUCAUGAGAAGAAGAGAAGAAACUGGGUUUAAGAAAGAAAGUUCAGUCAAGAUGGCGACGGAAUGGUUGGAGUGGGAGGCUGAAACACGUGGUAUCCACAUCCGACAUCAAGUCAAUGAUACCGAGAAAAGAAUUGGUGCUAGAAGACUACCAGUGGAUGGGUUCCAUGGUCCCAGCCAAACCGUCUUUCAAUUUCAUGGUUGUUAUAUUCAUGGGCAUCAGUGUCACUUGACGAAAGGAAAGACCUGGAAUGAAUUGAGAAAGAAACCCAUGGCCGAGUUGAGAUAUGAAACACAGGUUAACACAAAGUACAUCCGAAGCGAAGGUUACACUGUCAUCGAGAUGUGGGAGUGUGAGUGGAGAAGAAUGAAGAAAACCAUCCCUGCUAUCAAAGAGUUCUUGGGUGUAAAGUUCCAAAGACCUAUGGACAAAUACAAGACCCUCACCCAUGACCAGAUUCUUCAAGCCGUUCUGGAUGAGCAGUUGUUUGGCGUAGUGGAGUGCGACAUCUGUGUUCCAGACCACUUGAAAGAAAAGUUCAGCGAAAUGUGCCCGAUCUUCAAGAACGUGGAAAUAUCUCGAGAGGAUAUCGGGGAUUACAUGAGAGGGUUUGCUGAGGAAAACAAAAUCAUGCCUCGUCCACGCAGAAGUCUUAUUGGAAGUUACUUUGGCAAAGAGGUUUUGUUGGCUACUCCCUUGUUGAAAUGGUAUCUGGAACAUGGUUUACAAGUCACGCACAUCUACCAGAUCGUGGAAUAUACACCGAGUCCAUGCUUCAAGCCUUUUGGAGAAGUGGUGUCCAACGCCAGAAGGGAUGGUCAAGGCCAUCAUUGCGGAUACCAUGAAACUGGUGGGAAAUUCUAGUUAUGGCAAGACCAUCACAGAUCAAGAGCGACACAGAGAAAUCAAGUUUUGUGAUGAGACCAAGACCUCCCGUUUAGUCAACAGCUCUUUCUUCCGGCAGUUGGAAGUUAUUGAUGACGAUACGUAUGAAGUUCAGUCGGCCAAGAAGAGAAUCAGUCUGAACCUUCCCAUGCAGAUAGGAUUCUUUGUGUACCAAUAUGCGAAGCUAAGAAUGCUAGAAUUUUAUUAUGAUUUUAUAGAUAAAUAUUUAGAUCGGAGUGAUUUUCAGUAUUGUGAGAUGGAUACUGAUUCUGCGUAUAUAGCGAUUUCUGGGGAGAAUGUGGAAAGUUUAGUAAAACUAGAGUUGAGGGAGGAAUUCGAAUCCGACAAGCAUAAUUGGUUCCCUCGUACCGAUACUCCAGAGAACAAAGCGUACGAUAAAAGAACGCCGGGGUUGUUUAAGGAAGAGUGGUCUGGGGAAGGAAUUAUUUGUUUGAGUUCUAAGACCUAUUAUUGUUUUGGAUCCCAUGAUAAGUUUAGUUGUAAAGGGGUAAACAAGAAGACGAAUGACAUUAACAAGGACAAGUAUUUAAAUGUAUUAUUAAGUAAGCGAAGCAGUUCGGGUAUCAACAAGGGUUUUAGGGUAGUCAAUAAUAGGAUGUACACGUACACCCAGACCCGGGAUGGGUUUUCCUACUUCUACCCCAAACGUAAAGUAUUGGAGGAUGGGGUGACCACUCUACCAUUAGAUAUUUAAUGUAAAUACAAAUGUAUAAAUAGAUCUUGAGGGUGAACACACCUUUUUGAAAGUCCCUUGUGUCACCUUUUGUCACCUUUUGCCCCUCGUCUUUUAGUCAAAAAUGUUUAAAAACAAAUAAAAUAAUCCCAACAUUUUAUAAUUUGAUGUUAUAGGACAUUUUUAAUUCCAUGAGUCUUACAGAUAAGCUCUGAAUUUUGUAAAUAAAUCUCUAAAUAUUUUGAUAAGUAAUUCUUAUAGGAUGUUUCUUUAAUUAAAGUAUUGUAAAUAGUAAUGAACAAAGAUUUUUAAUAAAUAUAUGUUUGGUAGUGAA